UUGGCUUAUGCUGUUAUGCGUUACACAAACAAGUCCUCUCUUGAUAAGCCAGUAGAACUUGAAUAGUAAGUAAUUACAAUUUUUAUGGAAGCUGAUUGUCCAUACACUUUGCAGAUAGAUAUUCCCGAUAAUGACCAUGUUUCGGAACCAUCUGGGCAAGUUCUUGAUGACCCUCCUAGUAUAGCUUCUAGUGAAACGCAUCAUGUUUCUCCUAUUUCAAUAUGGCUGCAAAAUCUCGGCCUAUCUCGGUAUGAAGAAGUUUUCAUCCGUGAAGAAAUUGAUUGGGACAGUCUGAAGUGGUUGACUGAUGAGGAUCUAUACGUAUGGUCGCCGGACCCUCCCGUGGUUCCGCCUCUGAACAAUACCGAUGGAAAAGAGAUGAAAAAUAUGAAAGAUGCAUACCUGAUUGAUGCAGAGCAGGAACUUGCGCCAAAAUUUUGUAGGUUGUAUCUGUAA